AUGAGUGAGACCAUUAAAGUAACGAUCAAUCUGUCGCCUUCGUCGACGAUCGCGGAGGUGAAAGAGCAGCUGGCGGGAGAAACAGAGAUUCCUGCUGAUAGGCAGAGACUCAUUUAUUCCGGCAAAGUGCUGAAGGAUGCGGAGACCGUUGCCGCGUACAAGAUCCAGAACGGCCACACGAUCCACCUGGUGAAGGGCGCGGCCAAAAGCGGCAGCGCAGGCCCGGAAUCAACAGGAGCCUCAAGUGGACAGCCGGGGGCAAACUCCGACACCAGCAUUCCGCAGAACAUCGCUGCCGGCCAAGGUGCAUUCAACCCGCUGGCCGGGCUCACUGGCGCACGGUACGCGGGCCUGAACGUGCCUAUGCCUUCGAUGGAGUCUCUGGGCUUCGGUGCCGACGGAAUGCAGCUUCCGGACGAAUCCCAGAUGGAACAGAUGAUGGAAAACCCAAUGUUCCAGGAAAGCAUGCGUGCGAUGCUUUCUGACCCGCAAAUGCUGGACUUUCUGAUCCAGCAGUCGCCUCAGCUGAGCGCGAUGGGCCCUGCGGCCAGAGAAAUGUUGCAAAGUGAAUACUUCCGCAACAUGUUGACUAAUCCACAGAUGAUGAGAAGCAUGAUGCAAAUGCAGAGAGGUAUGGGCGGUCCGUCGGCGCCUGCGUUCCCUGCUCCAGGUGGAGCGUCCACGGAAGCGGGAAACAGCGCCUCAGCCACCAAUACUGGCGGAUCGGGGUCUGGCUCUGGCUCUGGCUCCACCACCGGAUCUGCCGCCGCUGCCAACCCGUUUGCCGCUCUUUUGGGCGCAAACAUGGGUGCCGGCCUUGGCGGACUUGGAGCGCUGGGCGGCUUCCCUGGCCUCGCUGCUCCAGCGGACAACAGGCCGCCAGAAGAGGUGUUUGAGGUGCAGUUGCGUCAGUUGAACGAUAUGGGAUUUUUCGACUUUGACAGCAACGUGCGUGCGCUCAGAAGAAGCGGUGGGUCCGUGGAGGGGGCGAUUGAGGCGCUGUUGAACGGUAAUAUAUGA